AUGAGCCUCGUGACGGCCCGUCCCGCGCCCGACUGUAUGCAGCCGCUCGACGCCGCCGCCGCCGCCAGCAGCAGCAGCGACCACGCGCAGCACCUGUGGGAGCACGAGAUGGAGCGCUUUGUCGAAACCCGCGGGCGCUCGCGCAGCCGCUCGAUCCUCGCAGCCGACACGGACACUUGGCGCGACUCGAACCACCUUCGCGCAACAUCCACUCGCGCCCGGAGCUGCUCGUUUUCCGCGCUCGAGCCGCCGCACAGCGUCUCGGCCAUUGACUACACAUCGGCCGCUACUGCUGCGCUCGUACCGCCGACUGGCGCCUCCCAAUGCGCGGCAAAGCGCGCAGCGUCGCUGUCAAAGAUCUACUUGGCCGGCUCGGCGCCGGUCGACGUGUCGCAGUUGCAGAGCGGCCGCAGCCACUUGAGCGGCCAGAAAAAGGUGCGCGUGGUGCAGCCCACGGGCGCGUUGUCGGCCGCGGCGCUCGACGCGCUGUCGGAGGGACUGCAGCUGUCGGUCGAGAGCAGUGCGACGCCGUCGAUGGCGUCGGCGACGCUCCGCGCCGCAAAGCGCGAGGCGCUCACGGAAGAAGAGCUCGAGGAGAAGAAGAUGGAGGAGGAAGAGGACUGCAAGCUCAAGGCCGAGAAGCUGUCGGCGCGGCGGUCGCUGGCGGUCCGGGCCUCGCUCUUUCGCAGCAAAAUGAUGAAGGGCACGACGCGGUUACUGGGUACAGCGGGGGCGAUGGACGAAGGAGCAGCGGCUGCAGCUGCGGUGGCCGCUGCUGCUGCAGCCACAGCGAGUGCAACAGCAGCGGCAGCUGCAGCGGCGCUCGAGAGCGAGCGCAGUGUCGAGUCCCACGCUGGUGCUGGAGCGGACAAGUCGGCGACGACGCUCGACGGUGGUGCAGCGGGGGAUGCAGUAGGGACAGCUCUGCCGCUGAAGAAGAAGCACAAGCUGAAGCUGUUGCUGCUGGGCGAUAGCGGGGUCGGCAAAACGAGUCUGAUGCGCGUGUUCUCUGGCGACGAGUUUUCGGAAUCGAUGCUGGCAACGGCAGGUGUCGACUUUAAGCUUCGACACAUUAGCGUCGCCGAUGAAGCGAUAACGCUUCAGAUCUGGGAUACUGCAGGUCAAGAGCGAUUCCACCGCAUUACUUCCACAUAUUACAAGGGUGCGAACGGCAUUGUGCUCGUGUACGACGUUAGCGAUAGACGCAGCUUUGACAACGUUGGCUACUGGAUGAACAACAUUCGUCAGUACUCGUCGCCGACGCAGAUGCCCGCGAUGCUGCUUGUAGGAAACAAAAUCGAUCUGCCGAACCGUGUCGUGGCAUCAGAGGAAGGUCAAGCAGCUGCGAGUCAGUACGGUUGUCGAUUCAUUGAAACGAGUGCAAAGACGUCGGAAAACACCAACGGCGCACUCGAGACGAUUGCACGCGACGGGUUUAUGAUCAGCGUGAAUCCCACACUCACUCAGAAAAUGGUGAUGGAUCGAGAAAACACGCUGGCUGGACGACGCAACAAGGAGAACUGCGUGAUUCAGUAG